AGGAAAGUGUGAAAGAAGCGUGGGUUGGGCGAGGGGGAUCGUGUGGCGCGGCGUUUGAUUGGGUCCGUCCGAAGCCACGGGCAGGGGCAGAAAGCAAACAGAGAGAGAGAGAGAGAGAGAGAGAGAGCGAGCGAGAGAGAGAGAGCGAAGAGGUCGGCUACAUUUCACUUUCAAAUCUCGAGCUGGCUUCGGUUCUGAAAAAUGAAUCGCUCCAGAAAUGGAAGUGACAACAGACUGGUUCCAAAUGACCAGACUGAUUCACCUUCAAUCGAUGAAGGUAGUAGUGGAGGAAGAGGCCAAAUUUUGAAGAAGGGACCAUGGACAUCUGCAGAAGAUGCAAUUUUAGUUGAUUAUGUGAAGAAGCAUGGUGAGGGAAAUUGGAAUGCUGUCCAGAAGCACUCAGGGCUGUUUCGAUGCGGCAAGAGCUGUCGUCUGCGAUGGGCUAAUCAUCUGAGACCAAAUCUUAAAAAGGGUGCUUUCACACAGGAAGAGGAACAGCUGAUCAUUGAACUUCACGCCACGAUGGGCAAUAAAUGGGCCCGGAUGGCUGCACUUUUACCAGGACGGACAGAUAAUGAGAUAAAAAACUAUUGGAACACCCGGAUCAAGAGACGCCAGCGAGCUGGUUUACCCCUUUAUCCUCCUAAUCUGGGUCUCCAAGCUUCAAGUGAGAAUCAACAAAGUCAGACUGCCUCGGAGUAUAGCACUGGUGAAAAACGGCCCAAUGAUGUCCUGCAAGGAAACUGUUUUGAUAUUGAUGUUAUACUUAACAAUUCCAAUGCCGAUCAAGGGGCUUUAUCUUAUGCAUCGCCAUUUCCAGAUAUUUCAGUGAGCAGCAUGCUGAGUCAGGGCUUUGGAUCCCAAGAUAAUAACUUCAUGAAUCCAAUGUGGAACAGUGCGAAGCGGCUUCGAGAAUCUGAAUCCGUACUUCCUGACUUUCAUGGUACUGUCUCUUGUGAACUUCCUACAUGUGAGCUAUUUUUACAUGAGUCUUCUGAAAAGAUCCACCGGACCUUUGGUUUAGGUUAUCUCUAUGAUCCAGAACCCAGCAGCAAGAUCAUGGUACCUUUUGAUGGUGCAGUCCCUGGUAGCCAUGCCCUUUUAAAUGGCAAUUUCUCUGCUUCCAGGCCCCUUGGUGGGACUGUGAAGCUGGAGCUCCCUUCACUCCAAUAUCCAGAAACUGUUCUUAACAGCUGGCUUGCUUGCCCUUCUCCACCUCCUGAUGAAAUUGAUACCUACAUCCAAUCUCCUCCAGCGACCGUGUUAGUGCGAUCUGAAUGUGUCUCACCAAGGAACAGUGGUCUAUUGGAAGCGUUGCUUCAUGAGGCGCAGGCACGCAAGAUUCAACAAUCUGAGGAGAGCUUAAGUUCUGCUAUUACACAGGGUGACAUGGUAGAAAGUUCGGGGUUUAACCUUUGGGAGGCAGAAUGUGAAGAGUAUAAUGAUCCAAUUUCGCCCUUGGGCCGACCUGCUGCAUCUGUCUUCAGUGAGUGCACCCCUCCCAUUAGUGGUGGUUCACUGGAUGAGCUUCAGCCUUCUAAAGCACCUUCCUGUUCAGACAUCAUGGUAGCUGCUGAUAAACAUGUUUUGGCCCCAAAUAUGGGAGAUAGAGGCAUUUUACCCUGUCCAGAUUUCUUAAGGCCUGAUGCUUUACUUGAGGGGUCAGAUUGGCUUGAGAACUCUGAGGAUGCUAAAGAGCACUCUACCUUGAAUGAUAAUGUAGUGACAGUUGUAGAUGAAGAUUUCUGCAGUGAGCACAAGCAACUACCUACUGGAAUGUCAUCUGCACUCGCUCAAGGAUUGGACCUUGACUCAUAUCUAUGACAACAUGCCACGUGCAUGUCAAAUGUCUGAAUUUCGGUCAUUUAUGGGACUUGCUUCAGGACUUGUUUGCCAUUGGUUGUUCAAAUAUGACCUUUUCUUAAUGGACAAAUGGUCAGGCAGGAGAAUAUAUGUGGCAGUAUGUUUGGUUGUUGCUGUCAUUUUCUAGGGUUUGAUGAUGGCUAAGUCUUGCUUGUCGGCAUUGAUGCACUGCAGGUGGUGCAGUUACCUUGGAUGAACUGUUGGUAUAGACUUUUGUUAUGUUGUAGUUACUUUUGAAACUUGGUCCGAAACAAUUCAACUAUUUGGGAUGCCAUUGUUUAAUGGUCCCUUUUCUGUGUGGUUUUCGGACAGUGGAAGAUCUUUUGCGCUUUGCUGCUGAUAAGGAUUAAGCAUUGAAGUGUUGCUUGCUUCGCCAUGAGAUUGGCUUGGUUUGUCUUUUAUUGUUUCCCUAGUUUGAAGAUUGUCUUUCAAGCAUGAAAUCAUUCAUAUUAAGUAAUAUGGUUAUUUUGCUUCUCACAGCUAGUAAGAAGAUUUAAUUCCAGUGUGGCUUCUGUUUUGUUUAGGAUUUUUAUCUGCUGCAUAAAUCUUUCAGCUGUAAAGACACGCAGAUUCUCUCUUGUUUAAUGACAGUUCUGCAGUUGUUUUGGCUUGCUAGUAUUUUGAGGCCCCUGCUAAAAUCUGA